AUGGUUGCAACAUUUUCGCCGCACCGCGAUGCGGGUGGCACCCUUCAUCUACCAUCGCACGCUGGGAUCCAUAAUGUUGAUGCCAGUUCGGCCAUCAGGCAACUGCGCCGGUCAUUAUCACGCUCACCUUCGAAGAGCUCGAAUUUUUCACUUCUAGCGUCACGAAAUCACUCGCCAUCGAAAACCACUCCAUACAUCUCAUCUCCCUUGUCACCCUCGCGACGGUCCAGCCAGAGCAACUUUGUGCUCUUCCCUACUUCCUCUCACCAGUCGCCAUUCGCCGUUCCGUAUCCUCCAAGCGCCAAAAUCACCCGGCCGAUCAUGCGCCGUGUGCGAACGUCCCCGAGAAGUCCAGUAAAACGCGUGCUCAACGUCUCGACCGAUCAAGGAAACGCGAAGCCUCUUCAGCCGGUACUAGCACCAACGGGCGACGAGAAUUCGCCAGGAACUCCCGGAUUAACGGUCCAACCAAGCAACGAGCCAUCGGAUAUCGUGUGCGCUAAUAACCCUUCUCCAUGUACGGAAGGUACAUUAGGACCUCGACCGACACUGUCCCGAAUUGAAAAGCGACGAAGUGGUACGGUUGGCUCAUACGCAGCCGUCAGCCCGCUGAAACGCAGCGACGGCAUCAUGAACCUGGACCAAGCAUCUAGAGGCAGCCCAUCUGCCAAGAGACGAAGCGUCGCUGCAUCCAAUUUCGCGGGGGAAUUCAGCAUUUUCGACAACGAAACGGCCCCUGGUACAGACGAAGACCCCACCGAAUCUGCUUCAGACUCGGAGGACACAUCGUCAUUCCCUUCCGCCAUUCCACCUUUCAGUCCCUUGAACACAAUCCCUAAACGUUCAUCUUCACUCCGACGAUCAACUCUUCAGCAACGCCAAAGUGACCGCCCGCUAUUUGGGCGAUCAAGGCUUAGCGGAGAUUCGUCUGACCUUGCUUUUCCUGGAACGCCUACUGCCAGUCAUCCUCGCACGCCAUUGGACAGCAACCUAUUUCAACCUAACCAGGAGAGCCCUUUCUCACCUCGUCCUGUGCAGGGUAGUCCUCUUUUUUCAUCACAUGCAAAUGGAGCGGGCCAGGCCCGUCCGGCAGCACACCCACUAUCACGGACAAUAACCCAGUCCUCAUCGAGUUCCAGCCUCGGUGAUGACUCGCCAACCCACGAGCCGGCCCACAAGCCUGAGAGGCCGCGGGGCGUUUUCAAUUUCUCCAAGUCACUUCCCGCAGGUGCUACUAGACCUGCACCAGUGCGACGGCUCACUCGUGAGGAUUCAAACUCGUCCACCGAAUCGUUCGCUACACCAGAAAACUAUAAGCUCGUCAAACCACUUCCUGCCGCGUUCAUGUCGACAGGCCUGAUCUCUAAGAAGAAUCGCAACGCAGAGGACCCUCAAAAUAUGCAAGGGUUCAACAAAAAUAUGCCGGACACUCCAUGUAAACGGCCAAUCAACCUAUUCCCAACCGCUCAGAAGCCACCAGCCGAGCGAUCAUUGGACAGGCCUAAAUUGUUCCGCCAAUCUAAUGAUGUGCCUCCAUCCCCCUUCAAUCCAAGCACACGCCCUAAACCGGGUCCUUUUGCCCGCGGUAUGGGCAUCUUUGGGAGCAGCUUCAACAGACCCGAAGUUUCCCGUCGUGGUAGCUUUGUAAGUGUCGAUGGUGAUGACUGUGGACAAUCUCAAUCCCCGUCCGCCCAGCAUGAUAGUCAGCCUUUGAGCGAUUACGACCUCCCUCCCACCCCGACCAAACAAUCAUUCUUCCCAUCUCGCACCUACCCCCCGGCCGCAUCGCAAAUUGCUUCUCUCGAGAGAUUAUCAGAAGCCAAAGGGACCAACUCGAGUCCAUUACACGACAAGUUCCAGCGUGCGUCUCCGCGUACACCGCAGGAUAAUCUGUUCCCGCCAGACCCCAGCGGCCUAUCAAUCUCCGCGCCUUACGACCAGCAUUCCAACAAAACUGACUUCAAUUCUCCCUAUCUUCCGGCAACCCCCACUGGCCCGCGCGAUUCUUUCUUGGGGUCGGGAAAGCGUCUUAGCCUCCCACUAAAUGGAUACAAUGCCCCCGAUGUGGAUCCCAGCUUGACUUCGCGGUUUGAAAAAGUGGAGCUCGUUGGUACUGGAGAAUUUUCUCAAGUAUACCGAGUUGCUCAGUCUCAGGACAUGGCAUUGUCAUCAAUAUUUUCUCUUCCCUCUACCACACCCAAAUCCCCGAGGACGUUGCCGGACCGAGUCUGGGCUGUCAAGAAGGCCAAGCAGCCAUACUCAGGAUUGAAAGACCGUGAACGUCGAAUUCGCGAGGUAGACGUCUUGAAGUCGCUGACAAACUCGGACCACAUCAUUUCUUUUGUUGACAGUUGGGAAGAGAGCAACCACCUUUACAUUCAGACCGAAUUUUGUGAGGAAGGCAGCUUGGACGUCUUUCUUGCCCAAGUUGGCCUCAAGGCGAGAUUGGAUGACUUCCGGAUCUGGAAAAUUUUGUUGGAAUUGUCUUUGGGCCUCAAGCACAUUCAUGAUCUAGGCUUCAUUCACCUCGAUCUGAAACCGGCCAACAUCCUCGUUACUUUUGAGGGUGUAUUGAAGAUUGCCGACUUUGGCAUGGCAACACGUUGGCCGGCGGAAGAGGGUAUUGAAGGUGAAGGGGACCGUGAAUACAUAGGUCCUGAAAUUCUCAUGGGUCGCUUUGACAAGCCAGCGGAUAUAUUCUCCCUCGGCUUGAUCAUUUUCGAGAUCGCAGGGAACGUCGAACUACCCGAUAAUGGUCUCUCCUGGCAAAAGCUCAGGAAUGGCGACAUGAGUGAUGUGCCUAGUUUGACUUGGAGCACUGAGACCAGCAUUUUCCGGGAUGCAUCCGGGAACCCCGUAUCUGAGGAGCCAUCAUUCGAAGAACUGUGCGCGUCCGACUUUGGCGAUGAUGACUUUGGGGAUAGUUUCCUCGGCAAUCGGAAACCGGUACCCAUGGCUCGCAGCGGUGAGCUUGUUGACCCUCCUGACUUCAUGGUGGACGCGAACCAUGAACAGGCGUUAGAUAAGAUCGUCCGAUGGAUGAUCUCACCAGAACCUUAUGAUCGUCCCACAGCAGACCAGGUUCUAGAAACAUAUGCGGUUCAAUUCAUCGAACGCCGACGCCGGGCCGGGGCUACCGUCUACGAAGGCAACUGGGGCCCUGCUGAUGAGAUACUCGCCGAGGACACUGAAAUGAUGGAUGUUUAA